AUGGAUUCUAAGAUUCCAAGACGUGUUACUCUCUUCAAAACUGGAUGUUCAAAGAACGGCAAAGUAUGUUUUGAUGACUUUUGAAUGUCACUAUAUUUUGACAAUUGACAGUUUGUGAAUCACUACUUUAGAAUUGAGUGGAUAUGUCUCUUUUCAUUCAAGUUGAAUUUAAAUAAAUAAGUUGGGCGUGUUCUAAGAAUUUUCAUUGUCUGGCUAUUUUGUAUUCUAGUCAGAAUUUUAAGUUCUUCGUAGUCAGAAUUUUAAGUUCUUCGUUCUUUAUAUAAAAUAUAUAAGUGCCAGCCAGAAAUAUCGUAUGAUUUUAGGGAGCAUCGAUUUCAAAAUGUUCUGGCCCCGUACAACUCUAGAGGUUUUUUACGUGUUUGUAAUAUUUUAUCUAAACUCUAGAUUGUGCAUGUCCCCAACACUAUUGAAGAGUUAUGUUUGCUUGCUGGACGAAAGCUUAAUAUCAAUGACUGUAAACUCCACUCCAGUAAGGGUGCUCUUAUAGAUGAUCUUCAAUUUGUGAGGUAUUAAGAAAUUACAGCAAUCUUUAAGACCUGUUUUAUAAGUCGAAUUUCGGUCGCGUAGAAUGCAAUUCAAAGAAUAAAUAAUGAAGCUUUAUAUCUAGUGUUGCAUUCGACGCAACCACAAUUCAACGUAUAAAACAGGCCUGAGAUAAGCCUACUGCACUUACGGUACUAUAAAUACAUUUUUUACUUAAAUAGUAUAAUGCAGAACACAUGUAUGAUAAGAUCUUAUAAAAAUGAAAUGUAGUGAAUGUACUAUUAAUAUAACUGUUUCACAUAUUCGGUACUGUAAAUGUUGUAUGAACUUAUAUUGUAUGAACUUAUAUUAUAUAAUUAUAUUUAUUUUUAGAGAUGAUGAUGUAAUAUAUGUCUCUGGCGGAGGGAGUUUUAAAGGUAGGGCAGAUAGGAACGUUUCAGAACUGAGACAUUAAUACUCUAGUUUUGAAAAUCUGAUGGGUACAUGGCAUGCAUUCCCAACCUAAAAGGUCCCUGUUCAUUAUCUGCUAGAUUCAUCAGAGGACUGGAUCACACUCAAUGUUGGAGGAAGACAUUUUACUACAACAAGGUAACAAAAACCUGACAACUAUCUUUCUAUUAUCUAUAAGGCGCAAAGUGUGAAUUUGCCUCGUAUGAUUUCAUUGUCAAGUUGUCAUUUCAGUUGUCAAGGAGGUGUGGAAAAUUCCUUCUUUCUUUCACCUUAAACAAAUAUUCUUUUUUUAAUUUUUUUAUUAGUUUUACAAUAAGAAAUUGAAGGCACAGACAACAGGACUAAUAAAGUCCCAAAUUAAGUCCUGCCAUUCUUAUGAUUGCACUCACAAACAUUCGUUAUUUAUAAUCAACAACUCUCCAACUAUUUAAAAAAUGCACACAAAAUUUCCUAAUCAUCGAUCAGCACUGACAUUUGCAUUCAAUAUGUGAAUAUGAUAAAAAGUUCAUUUCUAAACUUUUUCUCCCAGGGCAACAUUAGUUGCAAGUGAUCCAGAGAGUAUGCUAGCAAAGAUGUUCUCAUCACAAAGUGAGUUACAGAUAUUCUACAUGUAAUCAAAUUUGAAAACUAGUUUCAAUCAUAUUCUGUAGCACAACUGCAAAAUUUGUUGUGUCAAGUGAGAUUUAAACUCACAUGUUCAUGUUUCUAGACAUUGAGCUAUCAAGUCAAUGGAAUUGGUAGUGAGUGCAUAUUCUGACACUGCAUGCAGUGUCAGAAUAAAUAAGAAACUAAUUUUUGAUAUCACUGAGAAUGGUUCUGAAAUCAAGUUUUGAUUCUUGGCAUGCAGUAAUAGACCAUUUGCAGGACCUAUGUGACUGUGUAACCCUUCAUAUAAUUAUAUACAGGGUGUAUCAAAAAAAGCGCAAUCCUCGACUGAAAUGUAAAUUGCUAAACAAAUAAUAGACGAAAACGUUAAAGUUUACAUUCAUUUUAAAGCGUAGCCAUUCAGCUUUCUAACAGUGGGUUGUUUCUUAAAUUUGACUCAUUGGUUAGCGGGUAAUAAUACUUUACGUUAUUGCGAUUGGAGAUUAAAAAAAUUGAGAUGGAAUAACAAAUCGUUCUCAUGAAAAUAACUGAUUUUUUCAUUAAAACAAAAAAAUGUUGCAUUUUAAUCAAUGGAUUGUAAGAAUAAGUAUAAUUACGGCUUUUCUUCCACUAUUUUUAACACAGUUUGAAACUUCAAAUGCGAUAUAAUUUUGGCUUGGACCAUCUAAGCUGACUGACAUCAACUUGCUAUAAUUUCUGUUUACAUUACAUCGCAAUUCGAUGACACUCUGGCUCAGACACCAGAAUGUUUUGAUUCUAUGAUUUUUAGCAUUCGUUUAGGAUUUUCAAACAACCUGGUCUCUUCUAAAAUACUUUUAAUUUGUUCUUACGUGGUUUUCCAGAUGUAGUGACGACAACAUUAAAGUUUAAAGAAGAAAAUUCUAACAUUUAAACCGACUAAACAAUAACAUAGUAAACUUGCAUAAUUAAGCAGCAACUAAAAAUGGUAGGUUUUACUAAAUUUUUUCCUGUGCAAUUAUUACUAGCAUUGGAGACAAGGAUAAUAGUUUGUUUGAAAGAGAAAAGAACAGGCUUUGAAGUAAGCCUAAAAGCGUUUAACUAGAAAUAGUAUUUCGAAAGUUAUUAAGCACAAAAGAUGAAUUGCGUUUAUUUUGAUACACCCUGUAUACUGUAUAUAGUACUGAUUAGAGGUGUGCAAAUCCAAUCUGAAUCCGAUCAGAUUCGUUGGGAUUUCAGAACAAAAAUAUUCAUUUCAGGUUGGAUUGGAUUGAUAAAGUUGUUUCGUAAUCUGAUCGGACUUUGAUAUUCGAAAUAAAAUGAAUUAAUUAUCCACGACAACAAGGUUGUCGCUGCAGUAUUCGUUUGGUAAUUCAAUUCAGCUUCUUGACAUGUAUUUUUUGCUUUUAUAUUUGUUUGGUUAAAUAUUCCCACUUGAAUGAGAAAUUUAUUUUAUUAAAGGAUUCUUCAGAUCGGGUAGGAAUUCUUUAUCAAAACUCGGAUUGGAUCAGAUUAGACAAUUGUUGGAUUAUAAACAUCCAAUCCAAUCCGAUGCACACCUCUAGUACUGACUUACUGUCCAAAUGAUGCCUAGAAAUGGAAAGAGCAGAAUGAUCGAUAUUAGUUUAAGCCAGAGUUAAGCUUCUUAAUAUAUCAUGUUAAAUACAAUUGAUCAGAGCAGUCUACCUUUUAAUUAAGGCCUGUUUACCCUAGUCCUGCAAUUUUUGCUGUGAUUUUUACUGCGAUUUUUUUCUUCUGACGCAUGUGAACAAGUGGAUGAAUUAUGAAUGUUCAGAUGAAGGUACAUAAUAGAGGUGUGCAAAUCCGACCCAAAGCCGAAUCCGAUCCGAUUGGAUUCGUUCGGAUUUUGGAACAAAAAUAUACAUAUCGGAUCGGAUUGAUAAAGUUGUUUCGUAGUCGGACUUCGAUAUUCGAAAUAAAAUGAAUUGGACGACUUGCGCUUUAGAAAAAUUUUUAAUCUGGGAAUAACAAAGGAUAUUUUUGGAAAGAAGUUAUCAAAAUUAGAAAACACUGCAAAGUUUGGUUGCAAAAUGUUGUAAAAUACGGAAAAUAUAGCCCUGCGAAGUUGGCAAAUUUGUAUACAUUUCUAUUACGUGCAGAAAUUGGUAACUAAUUUAGUUACCAAUUCACGCACGUAAUACAAAAGAAUACAAAUUUGCCAACUUUGAAGGGCUAUAUUUUCCAUAUUUUACAACAUUUUGCAACCAAACUUUGUAAUAUUACUAAUUCCAAGACGCUCUUUCUAGCUGUGGUGAUAGAUUUCGUUGUUGUUACUUAGAUUAAAAUUUAGUCUAAAGCGCAAGUCGUCCAUUUUCCGCGCAUUAUUGCAAGAAUUAAUUAUCCAUGCAUUUAUCCAAAGCAUUAUCGCGGUUGUUAAUUGCUGCAUUUUUCGUUUGAUACUUCAAUUGAAUGUCACUUUGUCAGCUUCUUGACAUGUAUUUCUUGUUUUUAUAUUUAUUUGGUUAAACGUUUCAACUUGAAUGAGAAAUUUAUUUUGUUAAAGGAUUCUUCGGAUCGGAUCGGAUUGAAAUUCUGUAUCACAACUCGGAUCGGAUUCGGAUUAGACAAUUUCGGAUCGGAUCGGAUUUUAAACAUUAGCCAAUUGGCGGAUUAUAAACGUCCAAUCCGAUCCGAUGCACACCUCUAGUACAUAAGUUCAGAACAUUUGUAACUCCUCUACUUGUUCACAUGCAUCAGAAGAAGAAAAUCGCAUUAGAAAUUGCAAGUUGGUGUGAACAGGCCUUAAUAAUUUUUCAUGAUUAUUAUGUAUGUCUAUAGAAUCUUGGAAAAGUGCAAGAGACCACACUGGAGCAUAUCUUAUUGAUCGCAGUCCUGACUAUUUUGCUCCAUUACUCAACUAUCUUCGUCAUGGUAAACUCAUCUUGAAUGAAGGUGUCAAUCCAUCUGGAAUUCUGGAAGAAGCCAAGUUUUUCGGACUGACUGGCGUGGCUGAACAACUCGAGGAAAUAAUUAAGGCAAGCACUUCUUUUUUUAGUGGAUGGAAAUCCUUUACAGAGUUUACACCAACUUAAAUGCCAUUCUAAAUCGAAUUGAAAAUAUUUGAUUAUUAUAGUAUUAUAAUACGUACACCCAUGCAUGCUUCCUGGAAGUAUUGGUAGGUUUACUAUUAUCUGUCCAAUUUAGCAUUUGCCUAAAUCGAUCUGUAAAACCACAAUCUGUAAAUCCUUUCUAGGAUACAGAUAAAGAUGAAGACAAGCCACUUACAAGACAGGAGUUUGUCAGGAUAUUAUUAUCAACGCCUUCAAAUUGUGAACUCCGCUGUCAGGUAGGAUUAACUAGGCACUAAUUCCCCCUGUACCACUUUCAGUCUUCGAAAUAACCACCUGUCUACUGUACUUGUUGGAUUCAGGUGAUUUUUGCAAACGAUAUGCAAAAAACUUAAAUACGAAGAUGCCGGAUUCUUCGCUAUCUGAAAUGCAAGAUGAACAACAUGAAAGUUUCUGCAUGCUAAAUCUUUCCCAGAAUUAACGAAGGAAAAGCCAUUUCCGAAACUGUAGAUAAUUUCUAAAUUUUCUCGGCGAGCAUGCCCCCAAAACUCCAAUGAUAAACAAACAUAAAUGAAAAGUAUAGGAUCAUCAACAUGGACAUGGGUCUUUGUAUUUAGGGAAUCAAUCUGGAAGGUGCUGACCUAUCCCGUCUUGAUCUACGGUAUAUCAAUUUCAAGAUGGCGAACUUACGAAGAGCCGAUUUAGCUGGCGCUAACCUUUCGAACUGUUGUUUUGAACGAUCGUGUUUGUCAGGAGCUCAUAUCGAUGUAAGGACAUUGACAUAUAAAAUAUCAUAUACGUGUAUUACUUAGUAAUUUAUUGAAGUACUUAACUAUUAAUUAACCCAUUAAGCUGCAAUGCGCUCAAAUGCACCUGACUUUACUAUAUUUCACUCCAACGGCAGGUUAUUUUAUUCUGUCUAACGCCAGACGAUUUCACUUGUUAAUUAAUUAAGGGAUAGCCUUGUGCAUUAUUGGGGUGAAAAGACCAAAAUCAACCUAGUCCCCAGAAUGAAUUAAUUAGAAUUAAUUUUGAACAGACCAAUGGGAUUGUAGAAUUGACCAGCCGAUCCCAGGGCCAUUUUCACCGAUCUUCAGCCGCGGAGGCGAAAUGCCCUGGGGACUAGGUUGGGUCAAAAUGACGCCCAGUGAACUCUAAUAAUAACUGGAAGGCUAAGUCAGGGGGGGAAGUUGAAGCCGUGCUUGAAGCUUUUUUUGUAGGUAGACCCAGUCCUUUUUAAUUUUUUUUUUCAAAAUAUGCACAUUUUUUGAUCAGAAAAAUCUUGCCCCAAAACAUUAGUUAUACUACCAAAUUUAAUUUAUAUCAGUAGUAUGAUAAAUGAAUUUAAUAUUCGCAAAGCAAACAAAUCACGAAUUAGCAAAAAAAAUGCGAAAAACACGACCAUAAGCAUGAACGGUCUGAAAAACCGCGCGUUUUAGGCUGCUUUUUCUGAGUUUUUGGAAGUUUAAGAUAAAACUAAGACGUCAUACCUCAGGAAUUUUUUAUACCCAUGCAAAAUACAUCUGUAUGCGAAGUUUCAAGAAGAUUUAGCGUUUUAAGGUCGAAAAAAAAGCAUUUGAAAAUUGACAAAAAUAUUGCCAUAUUCAAAGUGCUCAUAGUGGCCAACAAGAUGCCGAUGACGAAAAUAACAUCACUUGAAAAACGCCAAUUUAUUUAUGUUUAAGAGUGACUAAAACAAGGACUAAAAGCUCAGGAUCAAUAACAAUACCUGGGGUAUUGUACAACAUAAGUUUUGGGACUGUCAAAAUGUUUUAUAGUAUAUAUUUUUUAGUUGAACGGAGAGAUUUCCUUCGGCACAUCCAAACUUACGUCAUUUUUUCAAAAUACAAAAGCAAAAUUCCUUACUUUUUGCUGCAGAGAGAUGUAAAACAGUCGGAACUAAUCGGAAACUUGGUUUAAAUCCCAAGUCAUUGUUGUAUUCCCAUGGGAAAAGUGUUUUUCUUGCAAAUUUGUGCUCGAAAACAAACUUUUGACAGAAUUUUUUUCACUCCUCGAAACUCUCCUUAGUCCUUUUGAAAGCUGAUUUUCCCGCGCGCCGGCUUCAACGAAUCAUAGACUUUCAUCAUAGGAGUUAGCCUUCCAGUUAUUAUUAGAGUUCACUGAUGACGCCACAAUUAAAUUUCAGUGCACAGUCAUAUUUAUGUUAGUCUUAGGAUUCAGAUCAAGGAUUGGACCAGUUUUUGAAUCAGGAUUAGUAUUUGGGUUAGAUUGGGAGUAUUGAUAAGGUUGGCCUAAAGAAAAUUCAAACAAGAUAUGGUCUAUGAUCAUGUUUAUGCAGACUUGUGCACAGAUCAAUGUCAUCAUCUUAUCGAAUCACUCAAUCGUACUGUUAGUAAAGUAUUAAUAAACAAGAUGUCAAAAGAUUUGUGCAUGGCGAAGCCAUCACAACAUAAAAUCGUGGCUCAUUAUAGAGACGCUUGGAGUUUUUAGAUCAUAUCUCUGUCAAGUUUUCAGACCAUAUCUCAUUGAUUACGGUUUAGGAUUUUGGAGGAUUAGGAUUAGCAAUUGCUGUAUUUAUAUUCUGGUUGUUCAUAUGAAAGAUUUCCCAACAUGUGAUUUAACGGUGACGUUUACAGAAACCGUUUCGGGAUUUUGAUAUCAAAAUAUUUUAUACUUUUUGUGUAUAUGAUGUUUGUGAUGUUACUCUGAGUGUGCAUCCACACCGGGUAAGCUGAAAAGUUAGCUUGACCACGAUGGGAAUCGAACCCGCGACCUUUGGGAUACUAUAGUCGACUGGUAUCCCAAAUCCAACCCGCGACUUUUGGGAUACUAGUCGACCUGUAUCCCAAAGGUCACGGUUCGAUUCCCAUCGUGGUCCGGCAAAUGUUUCAGCUUGCGCGGUGUGGAUGCAUACUCGGAGUAACACCACAAACAUCAAAAUGUUUGUUUUUGUACAGGGAGCUUCUUUAAGUGGCGUUCGUAUGCAACGAGCAAACUUGGAAGGAGCCUCGCUGAUGGCGUGUAACUUUGAAGAUCCCAGUGGAGUCAGGAGUGCUAACUUAGAAGGUAAUACAGGAAGUAGGAAAUACUUACACAGGUCUUCAUUUUUAUAUUCAUCCAAUAAACUCCGUUUUAAAUGA